AUUUCCCCCACACCUUACAUAUAUAUAUGUAUUGCUCUUCAUCAUGUUUUUAACAGAAAUAUCGAUUACACGUUCUGUUCAAACAAUGCGGAUGAUCGGAAAGCCGACUUCCUCUCUUCUUCUUCUUCUUCUUCUCUUAUUCUUACCGGCAAUCUCUGCAACUGCGCAGCCGUUCGCGUGCGAUCCCGCAGAUUCCACCACCAAAACCUUAAGCUUCUGUCGAACAGAUUUAAGUGUAAAAGAUAGAGUAAAAGAUUUGAUGGGACGUUUGAGAUUGCAGGAGAAGGUUAAGCUGCUGGUGAACAAUGCUGCGGGCGUGCCCCGCCUGGGGAUCAGGGGCUACGAGUGGUGGUCGGAGGCGCUUCACGGCGUUUCAAAUGUUGGGCCAGGCACAAAAUUUGGAGGCGAUUUUCCAGGGGCCACCAGCUUCCCACAGGUCAUCACCACCGCCGCUUCUUUCAAUGCUUCCUUGUGGGAAGAGAUUGGAAAAACGGUAGAAACUGAUAUUUGGUCGGAAACAAAGAAUGACACACUUUUGUCCUCCUCAUCUCCCACUUAUUGGAGCCCCAACGUCAACAUAUUCCGGGACCCGAGAUGGGGCCGGGGACAGGAAACUCCCGGCGAAGAUCCCGUCGUUGCUGGUAUAUAUGCCGCCAGAUAUGUCAGGGGUUUACAGGGGAGCGAUGGUGGUGAUAGGCUGAAGGUGGCGGCGUGUUGCAAGCAUUACACGGCGUAUGACCUCGACAACUGGGGUGGCGUCGACAGAUUCCACUUCAAUGCAAAGGUGAGGGAGCAGGAUUUGAAAGAUACAUUUGACAUUCCAUUCAGAAGUUGUGUAAAGGAAGGUAAGGUUGCAAGUGUGAUGUGCUCUUACAAUGAAGUAAAUGGCAUUCCCACCUGUGCCGACCCCAAACUUCUCCGACGAACCGUUCGCGGUGCUUGGCGUCUUAAUGGGUAUAUUGUGUCGGAUUGUGAUUCAGUUGGCGUGCUGUUCAACAAUCAGCAUUAUACAUCAUCACCUGAAGCAGCAGCAGCGGCUGUAAUCAAAGCAGGUUUGGAUUUGGACUGUGGGCCUUUCCUCGCUGUACACACUGAGAAUGCAGUGCAAAAAGGGCUAGUAAGUGAAGCAGAAGUAAGUGAAGCAGUGGCCAACACCGUGACAGUUCAAAUGAGACUUGGGAUGUUUGAUGGAGAGCCAUCCGCCCAGCCCUAUGGUAAACUUGGCCCAAAAGACGUGUGCAGCACAAGUCACCAAGAACUGGCCUUGGAAGCCGCUAGACAGGGCAUCGUUUUACUGAAAAAUGAUGGGCCUGUACUGCCUCUGUCUCGACGACGGCACCCUUCCAUUGCUGUCAUUGGCCCCAAUUCAGAUGUCACCCUCACAAUGAUCGGCAAUUAUGCCGGCGUUCCAUGUGGAUACACAACUCCGUUACAAGGACUAGGAAAGUAUACGAGGACAGUUCAUGAGGCUGGUUGUGCCGACGUCGCCUGUGCUAAUGACACACUAUUUGGUGGAGCCAUCGGUGCUGCACGCCAAGCGGAUGCAACCGUUUUGGUGAUGGGACUAGACCAAUCUAUUGAGGCUGAGUUCGUAGACAGGGCCGGGCUGCUGCUACCGGGGCGUCAACAGGAGCUCAUUUCUAAAGUUGCCUCUGCCUCUAAGGGUCCUACCAUUUUGGUUUUGAUGAGUGGUGGUCCGGUUGAUGUUUCAUUCGCGCAUAAUGAUCCACGUAUCGGUGCCAUUCUGUGGGCUGGCUAUCCGGGUCAAGCCGGAGGAGCUGCAAUUGCUGAUGUCCUGUUCGGAACACACAAUCCAGGUGGGAAGCUUCCUAUGACUUGGUACCCACAAGAAUACCUUGACAACUUGCCAAUGACGACUAUGGAUAUGAGGGCGGAUCCGUCAAGAAACUAUCCUGGAAGGACUUAUCGGUUCUACAAAGGACCGGUUGUGUACCCAUUUGGGCACGGAAUGAGCUACACCAGCUUUGUACACACCAUUGCGGAUGCGCCCAAGGCGUUCUCCGUUCCAGUGGAUGGCCGCCAUCAUUCCAACACAACCACCGUGUCUAGCAUGUCGAUCCGGGUGAAUCAUGCUAAAUGUGAGAGGCUGGCACUCAGAGUACAUGUGGAUGUGAAGAACACGGGUUCAAGAGACGGAUCCCACACGCUGCUUGUGUUCUCGUCACCACCAGGGGGCGAUUGGGCACCCCAGAAACAGUUGGUUGCAUUCGAGAAAGUAAGCGUCCGCGCAGGCGGGCAGCAGCGAAUUGGUGUCAGCAUUCGUGUUUGUAAGUACCUGAGUGUGGUGGAUAGGUUUGGCGUUCGGCGAAUUCCGAUGGGAGAGCAUGGACUUCACAUUGGGGAUGCUAGGCAUGCUGUUUCGCUUGAGGCCCAAACUAUAGGAGUAAUCAGAAGUUGAUUCUUUUGGUUAGGAUGCUGCUUUGCUCUUCAUCAGCUGCUCCUGUCUUAGCAUCAAUAGAACAGAUUAUUUCAACCAUCCAAGUUUCCAGGAUGAAUUCAUGAGAAGAGAGUCAAAUUAGGAAAGAGAAUAGGAUUGUUUGCAGGAAUUUAUAAUUAAUAAUUCUGUGCUUUAUUUGUAUUGGGUAGAUUAAUGAAUUGAAAAGCGAAAAGAUGCAAGUGAAUUCAUGUGA